AUGUCCGGAGGGAUCGCGCGCGGUCGUCUCGCCGAGGAGCGAAAAGCCUGGCGUAAGAAUCACCCCCAUGGCUUUGUGGCGAAGCCAGAGACUGGUCCAGAUGGCGCCAUCAAUUUGAUGAUCUGGCAGUGCAUCAUCCCUGGCAAGAGCUCUACUGAUUGGGAAGGUGGCUACUUUCCACUUACACUUCACUUCAGUGAGGAUUACCCCAGCAAGCCCCCCAAGUGCAAGUUCCCACAGGGUUUUUUCCACCCCAAUGUCUAUCCUUCUGGAACUGUUUGCCUUUCGAUUCUCAACGAGGACAGUGGGUGGAGGCCAGCCAUUACAGUGAAGCAAAUCCUAGUAGGCAUUCAGGAUUUGCUAGAUCAACCCAACCCUGCUGAUCCAGCACAAACUGAUGGUUAUCAGCUCUUCAUCCAGGAACCGGCUGAGUACAAGCGAAGAGUGCGGCAGCAGGCAAAGCAAUAUCCACCUGUUCUUUGA